AUGUGCGUCCGGUCGGGCAUGGAGUGUCGGCCUCGAUCGGAGCCUGAAUCCACCAGAUCCUCGUCGAAGCGGCACAAAGCAAGCAAUACCCCGGGCAGUUACGGUGGGGUUACCGCAAAGGUGGCCAGGCGCCGCCGAAAUGUGUCUGCAAGUCCGGAGAUAGUCGUGGGCCGGUCGGCGCGCUCCACUCACACGUCGCCGGAACGAGCCUCUCCACUGGGCCGGCAGAUCACCAGCUCCAUAGAGACCCAGCAAUUCGGUGCCAACAGGUCCACGAUAUCUCUAGCUAUGAACGUGUACGAGAAUCUCGGGACGCAGGCACCUACGAAGGGCUCCACAAUCCCGGGUGACGCCUCGCCAGCUUCACCCAGUGGCCCGACGUGGGAAUUGCAAUUAAUGCAAAUGCCCGCCCCAUCGGUGAUGGAAAGUUUGAUUGAAGUGUACUUUGACAAGAUACACUGGUUCAUCUGGAUAUUUCACAAGCCAACCUUUAUGAGGCAGGCUCGCGAUAUUCUAUCGGCGGCCACUUGGCGACGGGAGGAUAUGAGUAAGAUACUUGUUACCCUAACUGUCGCCGCGCUUGGUCUCAAGUGCGCGAUCCAAAACACCUCGCCACAAGGCCAGCAGUUUCUCUCCUCAGUCUCGUCUGAUCCGCAACGACUCAUGGACCAGAUGAUUGGAGAGGUACGGGUUCAUCUCAUAGACCUUCUCGACGACAGCCGCUUGGAGACUGUCCAGGUUUGCGUGCUCCUUGGUGCAUUCUACAUCUUCCAUGGUUCACCGAGUCUAGCCUGGGCUAUGAUUGGCCUAUCUGUUAGAGCAUCCUACGCUCUGGCAUUGCACUGCGAGUUGGACUCCGAUGAUCAAGUCGACACGCAGGUCCGCCGCCGCUGCUGGAAUCACAUCACUGUUGCCGACACCUUUGCUUCUCAGAUUUAUGGGAGACCCGCAUCUCUCGACGCCGCCUUUUCCAACUUGCUGCCGCUUGCAGAUAUAGACGAUACUGCAAUUGAUGUUCUCUCCAACGAGUCCCAAACGGAGGAUAGGGCUGGUGACGGGAAGGUGACCGCCUUGACAUUUCACUGGCUCAAGUAUAAGUUGUACGAGAUCAUCCGAAAGACCCUCUCCACCUUUAGGCUGCUGCAGCUACGGAAUCCUAUGACGGCGGAAGACUUGCAGUCCCUGCUAGAUGCCGUCCAACGUGCUGAUAUGCACCUAUCAGAGUGGCGAGGAGCGCUUCCGCGGCUGCUAGACAGUGACGAUUUUCUAGAUGAGGAUCAUCCACAACAAUCAUCCUUCCAGGAACGUUUUGAGGGCCAAGGGGGAAAGGACUCAGACUCGGCGCUGCGGCGUCUCAGGUUGCAAGCAUUGUUGUUGCAAAUCACCUACGACGCGGCCAUCAUACUCGCACAUCGGCCGCUGUUAGAACACAGCCUUUCGGCAGAAUAUCGCCAAGGCAUAUCCAAGAGUUCCAGAGACCUAGUGUCGAGAUCCUUUGAUGUUUCUGUCAAGGCAGCGCUACGCAUGUCUCGGACGCCUAUUAUGCAGUUCGAGCACGAAUUCUGCUUGGCGUUUAUCUUCAUUCAUCUUUUCACCGCCGGAGUUAUACUCUGCAUUCCGCCGACCAGUCAUCCAUACAGCAGCAUUGCGCAGGAAUCUAAAGCUGGCGUGUUUCGGAUUAUCCAAGCCGCCAAGGCACUCAGCCCGCGUAGCCAAGUUGCACGUCACGCCGAGCAGCUCCUCAGCGAUCUCUUACAACUCAGUAUGCACCGCGAGGUCGACAUGGUCUUCAAAGAGGACCGCAAAAUGGACCAAAGGCCUGCGUCAAAUCAGUCCCCGGCCGAGCCUGCACGCAUCACUAUUAAUGCGUGCGAGGUCAGAUUGUCGUUGGCCGAGAACUACCACAAUCCACCAGAGCGUGAUAUCAACCAGCAAGGCCAAUACAGCGAGACCAUUCUGUCAGUUCCGCCGACUUCGGAGACGCCCCUGCCGUCGCAUCAACAAGACCCCGACUCAGGAGGCUUCAGAAAUGAGUGGGUAGAGCCAUAUCCAGUCUUUAGCCUCAUGAACGCUGUUGGCUCCGAGACUCAACCCCUCGAUUUGCCGCUGGAUGAAGCUUUCGGCGCUUUUGGCCAAGUCAUGUUUAACCUAAUGCCCGAUGACCCCUUGAACAGUUGGGGUUGGGGGAAGGGAUCUAUCUAG